CCGUGGGGACCAAGGCCGUGCCUAGAGAAGGCAUGCGAUGUUGUUGGGGUAGAGGACAUGAGCGCACAUUGCGAGCAGUUCUUUAGUCUUUUAAUGAUUUCACGGUUCCUUCUCAGUCCUUUUUCCACCUAAAACGUUUAGUUUCAGCCCAGCGAUCAACCGCAACAGCGCGACAGGGAGCGGAAGAGCCGAAUAAUUUCAACCUGCAACUCGCCAAAGGCCACUGAUUCAAUAGAAAAGAGGGGAAAAGUUUAUUGUCUUUUUCUUUUUUUUUUUUUUUAACAAAAUUUCCCAUCUCUUCUACUCUCGCUCACCAGCAUGAAUUUUGACCAAAAACAUCAAUCGCAUAGGACCGGGAGAUCAGGGCACGGCGGGGUCAACCAGCUGGGAGGUGUAUUUGUGAAUGGGCGCCCCCUGCCAGACGUGGUGAGGCAGCGCAUCGUGGAGCUGGCGCAUCAGGGUGUCCGGCCCUGUGACAUCUCCCGGCAACUGCGGGUCAGCCACGGCUGCGUCAGCAAGAUCCUGGGCAGGUACUAUGAGACUGGCAGCAUCAAGCCCGGCGUCAUCGGCGGGUCCAAACCAAAGGUCGCUACGCCCAAAGUCGUCGACAAGAUCGCCGAGUACAAGAGGCAGAACCCCACCAUGUUUGCCUGGGAGAUCCGCGACCGGCUGCUGGCUGAGCGGGUCUGCGACAACGACACCGUGCCCAGCGUCAGCUCCAUCAACAGGUACCGGCCCGUAUCCUGUCUGCCCCCCCCCACCCCACCCCCACCCGCAGCUUCCACGGUAACCGUGACUCAAGUGUCUGCAGUGACCAGUGACACGGCUGGCUCCUCCUACUCCAUCAGUGGCAUUCUGGGAAUCAGCUCGGCCGCCGAGGCCAGCAAGCGCAAACGGGAGGAAGCACUGCAGGAAUCUCCGCUGGCAAACGGCCACUCGCACCCAGGGCGGGACUUCCUGAGGAAGCAGAUGAGAGGGGAGCUGUUCUCACCACAGCAGUUAGAGGUACUGGACCGCGUAUUUGAGAGACAGCCCUACCCUGACCUCUAUCCCACCCCCGAGCCCAGCAAGCCCCACCAGACCGCAGACUACUCUGCUAUGGCGUCGCUGGCGGGGGGCCUGGACGAGAUGAAGAGCAGCCUCACCAACCCUGGGCCAGCAGAGCUGGGUGCCGGCGUGACGGGGCCGCAGUCAUACCAGCUGGUGGCAGGCCGCGACCUGGCGAGUACCACCCUGCCCGGGUAUCCGCCUCACGUGCCCCCUGCUGGACAGGGCAGUUACUCCACCCCUGCGCUGACCGGCAUGGUACCUGGCAGUGACUUUUCCGGUAGUCCCUACUCCCAUACGCAGUACUCCACCUACAACGAAUCCUGGAGAUUCACCAACCCCAGCUUGUUAGGGUCUCCUUACUACUACAGUGCUGCCACCCGAGGAGCAGGACCGGCCGCCACCACCACUGCCUACGACCGCCACUGACCCACCCCGGGGGUGGGGGAGGAGUGGGGGGCGACGGAGGGAAAGCACCAGCACCGGCCCGCGUAAAUCUGCCGAGAGGGUGGAGGGGGAGAAGGAGUCACUGGUUCUGAAUGCCUUUCUCCAUGACAGGCAUACUCGCGGGCAGCCUCCGAGACCCCGGCCUGAGGUCUUUAAAUAUGACACAUGCUCUCCCCAACCCUCCCUCGACCCUUCUCGAAUCCAAAAAAAGAGAAACAUAGAUGGCCUUAAGGUCACUGUCCAGCCAGAGGUGCCCAACGCCGAACUGAUGCCGAUAAUGAGAGCUGGAGUUGGGGGUGGUACCCUGACAGCUCAUAAAAAAGAUACCGAUUUGUCACUCAAAACCGCCCAUCAUACACGGACCAAUCAAAGGUUUACAACCCAACGUGUUGACCAAUAAUCGCCGACAGCAAUCAGCACCGGAAGUGGCAGACUCAGCGUUUCAUUUUUCUGCUGAUGAGUUGAAAAGGAGAAAGCAUACGAAAUCUCGGCCGUCAUUCCUGUAUGGAACCAGCUUCCAGAAAAACAGCAAACACAACAAUGGUUGUCAUCACCCCAACUUCCCGCAUGGGUUCUCUUCAUCUGCCUUGCCCUUUGUCACCUCCGUCCUGAGGUGCCACUCAACGUAACGUGUACCGCUCCUCGCCUCCAGAGGAAGCCAGUUGCUUCUUGAGCGCCCCCAAUGGGACUUCUUUCACAUUACACUAACAUGUCCCCCCAGACCACAUUCCAGACUUCCACACGCGGGUACCCGGCGCUUCAUGGUGUACACGCUGUGGAAAUGGCAGACCCGUCCAUCUCGCCAGUGGUAGCAGUCCCAUGUGGUUUGGCCUAACGGGACAGGAAGUUCACGGAGAUCAGGAAGCAGGUGGAAGCAUGAGAGACCGUCCUCACAAGGCUGCUGCUCCCAUAGGCAACUUGUAUUCAUCCCACCAUAUUCCAAUCCCAGCACUUUUAGUAGAUUCAACUCUUAACUCAGCUUAAGAUCCCAUUUUGAAAUCACAGUAAAUGUAUCCUCCAGGGGACAUCGCUGAUAAGAGGCGGUGACCCCCCCACACCCAUUCACACCCCCUUUUGUGUCCCUGGUUUGCAGGAUGGGACCACUAUGGUGACAGACAAAGAGACCAUUUUCUCCCCCCGGGAACGAGGCCCAGCGUUUAUCCGUCUUUAAUGAGUAUAUAUUGGCCUGAGAGUCUCCCAGUGGCUGAACUGAAGCGGUCUUGCCAGUUUAGAUGAUGAUUGAAUUGAUGAAGAGCUGGCAGCAAAAUCCUCUGGCGGAAUUGAGAAUCUUUUCUUUGUGAGACCCUGUGUAGACACUUGGGUCCUGUGCCGGUGUGCGCAUGAUUUUCUUUGCUGGAGUGGCAUUUGCUCACUGUGGAUUCAACCGCAGAGGGCUUUGGUGUGAGAUGAUGUCGUCUGUCUUGCCAUUUAUUGAUCUACAUGCAUUCUAUGGGGAAACACAGAUGUAAAACAUCUCGCUGACUUUUCUCUUGCUUUAUUUCCUGUUCAUACCCUGGGGGAUCUGACAUCCUGCUCCAAAAGCUACUUUAGACUGUUGAGACACACGGAGUGGGCAUGUUAUAAACUCGGGUUCGAUGGUGGGAGGGGAGAAACAGAGUGUAGACAGUGACUCUUCCUUCCUGAAGAACCAUCGAGCUUACUUCUCGAUGUACAAUGUGGAGCUUCCUUCUGGAGGAGCAGAAGUUUGAGCGUGUGAAGGCCUCUCUUCCACCUCAUGUCCCUUGAUGUUUUUGUUCCAUGACAUAUAGAACCCUACAACCACCUGGCGCAAAUUCACGUAUGGACAUACAACAGCCCACAGAUCUCCAACAUCAUUUCAAGCAUGUCCUGGUGUACAUGACCUUGGCCAGCCAGAUAUAAUAGUCUUAAAAUAGUACAAUAAUGGCAGAUAACAUGGUGAGCGGAGGGUACAGUGGCUUGAUAAUCUAGCUAAAGAACAGCAGCUUUGGAUUUAGGGCAGAAGGAAUGGGGAGAAACCUUGAGGUGAUUAUCAGUUGGAAAUGCGGCAAUUCCUGCUCUCUUGUUCGUACCAGACGUUUUGAAACAAUUCUUUACUCAGGGUAAGACCUUCAGCAUUAUUCGAAAGGGUGCCUUGGCAAAAUGUAAGGGUUAAAGAGCACUCUGAGGGAAUGAAGAACGUAGACGUUACAGGACAGUUUGGAAGUGCGACAUGCCAAACGCCCAUGACAAUGUCAGUCGGUUGGCGCGGAAUUGUCCCGUGAUGAAUGCUUUUCCCAGGAAGCAAGACUUAAGCACAACGACAAUGAGCCCAAUCGACAUUCAACAAUGUUGUACAUCUUCUCCAGACAACCUACCUUGAUAUCCUGUUAGAAGUGCAUUCGGAAUGAUGUCACUCCCUUUGUACCACUACUAACUAGUACAAAUGUAUCCAAUAGCAUGUAAAGAUUAUACGUAUAGGAAUAUAUUUAUAUAUGUACACCGAGUAUGUACAGAACUCCAAAAACUGACUUAAAGCACAGAAAUGUAGGUUCUCUCUAUAUGCAGAGCAUUUGAGUAGGAUUUUAAUGUGUCUUAAAUGGGUUUAGAUGGUGAAGAGUUUAAUAUAUUUCUACGGUAGCCUAAACAUGACCAGUGUUCUGUAGAAGGUGUGGGACAGUGAGUAUGGUAGCAGGGUACGUUAAAUAAAACACAGGAGCCCACGACAGCCAUAGUGAGAAGCCAUCGCCCAGUUACUCUUCUCUCCAAGUUGUUUGCAAAUUUAGUUGUCACCUGUUGUCUGUGAUCCUUGGCUGUCUUGCCCAUAAGAGACUGAGGACACAGGGAAAGUGCAUGGUAUCUUGAUACCCAAUGCAACCUCCACGUCAUAUCAGAGUUUUCGCAAGUGGCAGGGGACAGGUCGAGACGUCCAAGGUAACUGAAGACCCGCAUCCGGGGAUGAUUGCCUUCACUGGCAGUGCCACGCAGGGCGCUUCUCAGGGCUCGGCCCUCUCUGUAGAUUCCCGCAUGCCAGGCCACAGGGUGGCAAGGGGGGGAGACACUGUGUCCCAAGAUCCUCUGGUCCCCUGUAAAACCAUGUGACACAAUGGAUGACCAAAAGUAUGAUGAACAGUGACCUUCAUUGAAAAUGCCUCCCUUUGUGACUAAGUAAGACCUUUAGCAUCAGUUCGAGCAUUGGUUCAAGCUCUGAUGAGAGGAUUAUUUUGCUUAAUACCUGUUCAGGCUCUCAGUUUGGCUGAAUGAAAUCAUCACGGCACAGGGAAGUGGUGUGUGUGAAGUUCUGGGAUCUCACCUGGAGCUACACACCUAAAUCACAUGAGGCAGUCCGAUUCAUUUUUGAUGUUUCCUCUAUGUGUUGCAGUGUCAUCUUCUGAAUCUAAGCAUCAUCUUGUGAAUCCAUGCGUUUCUUAGGCUAACUUGCGCAGACACAACCCAUGGAACUAUCAGAGCAGUGUAAAAAUUUACCUUAUUCCUUCUAUCCGAGGAGCGACGCACCUGAAAUACACCAGCUAAUUUCCAGGACAGUGCCUUCUCUCAGCGUCAGUGACAUUCUCAUACAUCCUACUCUCCUGUGAUUGUCAGCAACCCAAAGUCAUCUAGUGGACUCGAACGUCCCCAAAAAGCUGCCAGUGUUUAAUGAUUUCCUGCUGGGAAAUUCAACUAUUGAUGGUCAUGUGGUUUAUUGCACUAAACGCAGAACCUUCGACAGACAGGAAAAACUCUAGGGGGCUAUUUCAGAAAGAAUAACUUUUCAGCACAAGUUUGCCAGUAGUCACGGAGCACAAUCAAGACCCAAGUUGCCUGUUUGCUUUGGGUUAUGAAGCUUUUUUUUUUUUUUAUUGAAUUAUGAUGCUACAAGCAGUAUUAAAACAUAUGCAGAUCAGAUUUACAGCUCUGGUAUUGUAACCGCGAACAGCCCCGACUUUUGUUCUGUUGGUGUGAACUUCUUUGGAGCACAAAUCUUGAUCCUGAAGUGCAGGACUGCUAGACAGUGUUAUCAUACCAUAGCAGAAUUGUAGUGUAGAUUUCACCCGUCCUCACUGGACCAUUUCUCAUCCCCAGUGUCCUCUUGUGUUGUAUGUCUAUUUGCUGUAUGGCCGUUAAUGAGCACCCAACAUAGGCGUGUGACCUUCUGCGAAUGUUCCGCUGACUUGAACUCCUGUUAUGUGUCUGAGGUCCUGAAGUCCAAAUCAAUGCUUCAGGAACACAGCAAACAGAACCUUCAGCUUAGGCCUCCUCCAGCAGUUAACACCGAGUUUAGCUAGUUGAUCCUUAACUAAAGAGGGUUGCCUUGACCCUGGUUUGACCCAAGCUCAGGUGAAGUGAAGCACAGUAGAGCUGUCAUGCUAACACUCUGAAAGGCAUGACUGGGGAUCUGUACUUCCUUACCUGCUGUGUCCUCUGUGGCAGUUGGGGGUGGAGUGGGGGGGGGACACCGGCCCUCAGGGACCGUAGACCUGCUGUGCCAUCAGAAACCACCCUCUCCAUCUUCAUAAAAUCAGCUGAUCGCUCCCCAUUCACGCAAGAUCAAAUGUGCUUACCUCCCUGAAAAAAACGUGCCCCAUGUCUCCUUAGCAAAGGUUAUUUCGAUAUCAUUCAAAAUUGCAAAUCCUUAAAAAAAAAAAAAAAAAAACUGAAUAAAAUCAAAAAAGUGGGCGUUAUAUUCACGGGCCCUGUCCAGUUUUCAUACUGGCCCUCAUGAAUAAUCUAGGAUGCAAAUAAUGGGAGGUAUAUUUAUGUACCACUGCGUAACCCACUGCGCAACCCACUGCACAACCCACUGCACAUCUAUCAGCACGGCGCCCAGUGAGUCGUCCGCACGAUUAUAAACGGAAUUAUAAUGAAGCAAAAAGUGACUUCAUUACAGCGGUAAUUGAUUUUCUGGGCUUUGUUCUUACUCUUUGGUCUGCUAACCAUUCGCUCCUACUGACAAAAAAAUCCCUUUGAGCCAAUCACAAUGUAUAAUUCUUCUCAUUAGAUUCAGCAGAACGCAUUGUUGAAGUUCUGCGAUUUUAAUAAGUCUGUUCCAGGAAGUACAAAAAGAAUUAUUAUUAGAUUUUUUUUUAACUCCUGUGAGACGAAAAAAAGGCGCAAUACAGCAAGUGUGACAUGUUAAAGUUGCUCUUAAUGUAACUGAAGAAUGAAAUGUUUGGGGGGAACACACAUUAUGACAUAUAAAAUAGCAAGGGUUUGCGUCCUUUGAUUAAACACUGAAAUAAAGGACUGUUUUAUUCUGUCUAUUCCUACAUGCAAAUAUUAUCACAUUUUAUAGGGGCUAAUUGGUCUCUGAUUCUAAUGAUCCCAUUUCAUGCAAAGCUAUGGACUUCUUCAGGGGGCAUCAAGGAUUAGGCCUUCAUAGUUGUCUGAACACCUCAGCAACAAUUUAAAAUGAAUGAAAUUUAAAAGGAAUUUCUUGCGCAAUGGGAGACCGCCUCGGAACAUUUGAAAGUCACUCCCGUACAUCCCGUCUCUCCGUUUACAUACCGGGAUCCUUCAGUUCCCAGGCGCAAGAGAUACGGGCAGCCUAUCAUCUCGCGACAGAUUGAGACGCUAAUCCCCGCUCACCGCGACGGGCUACCGAGAUUUCGGAAUCGGAGGGGUGGCGGUUCGCUCGCUGCAACUGGGGGGCUGGGAUGCCAGACUGGGGGGGGGUCUAGCCUUUACUAAGGAUUUCCAAAAAAAAACAACAUAGAUGUCCUGGUUCUCACCUUACAGUGGCCUUUCUGUACACCCUCGUUACGUUGUGUCCGUGGCUUCUUCUGUUCUGGAGUGUUGAGGAUAUUUUAUACCGACUAGGUUUUUGGAGAAAAAUACGCUGCGAGUAAAGCAGGCGAAUUUGUAAAUCGAAACUCGUCAACGUUAAAAAAUAGCUAAACACAGAAACACGUAAAUACUAAUACAUAUCUAUAGCAUCCACCAAAGUCUGAGAUGCCAGUUAAAAAAAAAAGCUUCACUUGUAAAGAAUUGAAAAAAAGUAAAAAAAAUACAUUGAAAAUGCCUUGAAAAGGAUGGAGACGACAAAGAAAAAAGGAUAACCUUCGUAAAGAAUCCUUCUUUAAGAAAUGUGUAUGUUUUCUAUUCAAUUUUCUAGUAGCUAAAACAAACUUGGUGUUCUUUCUUAGUGUUGUGUGUUGCUUUUCGUGUCAUAAUAUUUGAAUGUACUUACAGCAGUGCCAAUUUGCCAAAGAUAUACAGUAUCGAUUAAUUUCUCUCUCUGAUUUUGUUUUCCGGGUUGUUCACGCUGGAAAUUGUGACUUAAAUAUCAUUAUUAUUUUGAUUGCUAUUAAUAUUAUUAUUAUGUUUUUUAUUUCUUUUGAGAAAUUAAAUUUUAUUUCAGGUUUUUUUUUAAUAAGAUAUGGUGAAUUGCAGCCAGCUGAGGAUGACUCAGCACAAACCUGCAAUGUUAUGAAAUUGUAGGCUAAUCAGUAUAUAUGUACAUCUGUUCACCUGAGUGACUGUCCUUGUGAAUUAUCGAUUUAUGUACCAGUAAUGUGAAGCAAAAGUAAUUAUUUGUAAAUAUUUGCCAUAAUUUUAUUGGUUCCUAAAAAUAAAAGUAAUUUUUUUUAAGUUAAAA